AUGAAAAUUGGACUUAAUAAUUUAACCGUAUCACAUUUACUGAGAGAUCUUCAGUUCAAACUGGAUAAUACAGAAUUUAAGUAUAAUACUAAUUCCUGUUCUUCAUUUCGUGUGCCUAAAUGUACACGUUGUCGUAAUCAUGGAGUGAUUUCAUCAUUAAAAGGUCAUAAAAAGCACUGUCGUUGGAAAAAUUGUCAUUGUGCUGCUUGUUUACUUGUUGUUGAACGUCAACGUGUUAUGGCUGCACAAGUUGCAUUAAGAAGGCAACAAACAUCACAAUCUCUAAAUUGUUCAAAGAAUAUAAUACCAAAUAAACAAAAGUAUAUUAUUGAAGAUUUAUAUGAAUAUCAAAUUAAAAAUCCUUUAUGCAAGACCAAUAUAUCAACUCUUCAUCAUAAUAACAAACAAAGCAGAUCUUCUAAUGUUGGAACUUCAACAAUUACAUCAAUCAGUAUAGUACCAAAGAAGUAUACGGAUUCGAAAGAUGUUCAUUUUACAAAUUAUAAUCUUGAAAAUAGCAUUGAAUCAUUUAAUGAAAUAAAUAAAACUUUUAUGAUUGAGAAUUCCAUAUUCAAGAAGAUAUCAUCAAAUGAUCUCAUUAAUGGAAUUCCUAUUCAUUUAUCAAUGUUAAAUAACUUUGACAUUCAACAAAAUGAACCAGCUCUUCAUUCAAAUAUGAAUUAUUAUGAAACUCUAUCGAAUGAAAUAAAAUCGGUCAAUGAUGAUAUAAAAGACGUGAAUCUACUAAAAUAUAGAAUGAAUACAUUAGAUACUGUUGAAUUACAAUUAUAUGGUUUAAUAAACUUUUCUAAUAGAUUUCAAAACUCUAUAACAUAUAAUAAUGAUGAGCAGAAGUUUGCUCUUAAUGGAAAUGAUCCAAUCUUCCAGAUGAAAGAAAAUAAGUUGAAUAUACAAGCAAGGCUUUAUGAAUUCGAUGAUAUGCCCAUCAUAAAUGUGACCAAUACAACCAAUCUAUUUGAAAAUACCAAUUGUAUUACUUUAACUAAUAUACAAACUACCGUAAAUAAUGAACAACCAUCAAAUUGUAUUUUAUCAGAUUAUCAACAAGUCACAUUACAUCCCCCAGCAACAACAACAUCAUACUCAUCUCUUAGCAACAAUGUAUGUAAUGACAAAUUCAAUCAUCAUACUAUGAGUAACCCUACAAAUAAUUCUCAAGAUGAAACAGUCUAUCCAUUAAUAAAAUUUUCUGUUUCAAAUAUUCUUAACAAACAUUGA